AUGGUUCGUCGAGACUUGGGGUUGGAAAUAAUACAUAAUGAAAGAUCAAGUUUGUAUGUCAAUUUAUUUACUGAUCAGUUAGCAGCAGUGAGAGAAUAUUUGAUGAUAGAGGAGUUUGGUCCUCAACCACCACAUAAAUGGUUAACUCUACCAGAUAUGGGUUACGUGAUAGCGAAUCGUUAUAAUGUUGUACUUGUCCGUUUAGGAAUUGAAUGCUGGACUUUCUUCCCUAUGACAUCUUCAUUUUCAUCGAAUGUAGCAAUUUACUGCAUUGGUUUUGUAAACAGAAAUAAUUGGGUUCAGGUAAACAUGAAAGAAUGGUUUCCAUUGCCACCAGUGACAGUAGAUUGGAAGAAGUUUCGUUCUCCAGCAGCAACAUCUUGGAUGAUAGGAUUUGCAGGACAUCUACAACAUUGGCAACAACUUACGCCUAUAUUACCAAUGCAUUAUGAAUUAUAA